AUGCGUCAGCACGUCUCGCGCUCCUUCAUCGCGCUCCUGUGCGUAUCCGCGCUCGUCGCCCUGCACGUCGCCGUCCCGAGCGAUCGCGCGCCGCGGGACCGCCUCGCGCGCCCCGCCCCCUCCCCUUCCCAAACCUCCCAAACCUCCGUCGCGUCACAAGCAAGUCGAGCCGUCGCGUCGUUACCCUCGCCCGCCCCGCCGCUCUGCGUCGUCGUCCCGUACCGCGAGCGCCCCGGGCGCACCGCGCGCGAGCCCGAGCGCUUCGCCGCAUACAUCCGCCGCUGGCUCAAACGCGUCAAGGGAAUCACGCGCGUCAGGGUGUGGGUGCUCGAGCAGGAGGACGAGCACAGGUUCAACCGCGGGUUUUUGAUAAACGCGGGCGUCGCGUUGGGCAGGCUCGUCGACGGCUGCGACGUCUUCGCGCUGCACGACGUCGACCUCCUGCCGGUGGACCCGCGCGUCCCGUACGCCUUCGACGACGACGACGACGACGACGACGACGACGGAUCGCGAAGGCGGUUCCCGAGCUCGCGCGGGCCCGUGCACCUGAGCCCCCCGGGCGUACACCCCGAGUACUGCUACCCGACGUUUCGGGGGGGCGCGUGGCUCUUCGCGUGGAAACACCUCGCGCGCGUGAACGGGUACUCGCACGCGUACUGGGGAUGGGGACAGGAGGACGACGACCUCGGCGCGCGCAUGAGGGACGCCAACGUCACGCACGCGCGAGCGUUCGACUACCCGGGCCCCAGGAGGGAGGAGGACGGGGAAAAAACCCCGGCGACGGCGCCGUGCACGGGCCGCGUCCAAAACUGCCACCCCGGCGACCACGACCCGACGGUCCGCGACUGCGGCGUGUACCCCUACGACACCUUCGUUCGCGCCAUGUUCCACCCGACGCCCGGCGGGAUCAUCGAAGGAAUAUCUGUCCCGCCGUCGAGGUCGCUCGCGGAAGGGACGUGCUUCGUGCACGCGCACGAGGGCGGGUUCUCGCGCGACGAGGUGGAGAGGUCCGGCGCGAAAGGCGUGGUCGCCAGGACGUCGGAGGCGUUCCAGUUUGGUCGGCGCUGGGACGACGUCGUCAACGGAAGGUUCCGGAGGGACGAGAGCACGGGGCUCGCUGGGCUCGUUCCGCGGCGGUGCGCGGGAUCGAUCCGGCGACCUUCGGGUUCUGUUGACGCUUCGUUCGUUCGCGAAGCAAACCCAAACCUACAUAACCCAAACCCCGACCCGAUCCCCGGGCACGGUUUCCAGCUGCUGGCGAUGGAUAAGAUCGGCGUCGUCGUGAGAGCCGACGGCGUGGCGGACAAGGUGCGCGAGACGUCGCACCCGGCGUUUCGCGAGUGGCUCGCGUCGUCGUCCAACGCGGGGUUCGAACCGACGACCUCCAGGUGGAGCGGCAACGCGUUCCUGGCGCACGUCUGCGACGAGGACUCGACGUAUCCGUACGUAUCCUACGAUGUAAACGCAAACGACCUUCGCGUCGGGGCGUACACCAGGACGCGCGUGCGACUGACGUGCGACGAGGAGGAGUCCCCGUGGUGCCGCCAGCCGAACGUACCGGCGAUCGCGACGGAGUGA